AUGGGCACGAGAGCGAACGCGUCCAGCUCACAGUUUCCGACAUCGCUACGCCCAUCUGAGUUGACUGACGUCUCGGCCCUUGACUCAGACACCGAUAACAACAUUGAGGGCGAAGCCAUGGCUCGUGGGCGAGUCAUCCUGACAAGCACGUCAACCUGGUGCCGAACUUGGGAGAGCAAUAUUGACGAGGGAACUGAAUAUUUUCCAGAGGAUUCUGCAUAUUCUGAUUUAGACGACAGAAGACUAAAAGGCGCCGAAAGACAGCGUGCUGCCCAAAGUAAGGGCGUUCCGCUCGGGACCUGGAUAGACUCCCAGGUUCUCCAAGAUGACAGAAAGCACGCCGUUACGGGAUUCAUAGAUACCGUAGGUCUCCUACAAACUCACGUUCUACCGGAAACAAAACACGGGGAGUCAUUGGCCGAGGAGUAUCCCCUGCCCCCUGGUUCUGGCAGAUGCUGGAUUCGGUUCUCCAAAAUCAAGUUUUCCAAGCAUCUACACGGCUUGGAUCAUUUGCAAAUAAAGGAAUAUAUCCGAAUUCUAAGUGAAUACAGAGAAGCCGAAGGCCGCAUUCCGGGUGAUGAGGAGGCUACCGUGCAAGCGGCCAAGUACCGUCUCUCAAAGGACCCAAAUUGGGUCAAGUCCAAGAAGCGAUAUAUCGAAUAUAGCGAUCCCGAGUGCGAACUUGCACAGGUCCGACCCUUCGAGGCUGCCGCGAUGUAUUGGGGCCGGGCUGGACCACUACCUAUCCAUUCCCUAAACUGCGAGACUAGAGCUCGCGAAAGCCAAUGGCAGGGCGUAGGGUUUACGAAGGAAGCCAAUGUAUUGGCACAUGGCGAAAUCGGACUUGCUCAAAAGCAGGCAGAUGGUCAGAUCAUGGAUCGAGGGCAGGCGGUAGAGGCCGCCGCAGCAACACCUUCCAUCAACCGCCAAAUGGUCUUCCGCGAAUGGAAGGAUAUACAGAGGCUUGACAAGGCAUGUCCUCUGCAGGAAACACCUAGCAGGAGUAAUAGUAUAUAUAGUGCCAAGAUCUAUAACGGCAUCAAGUAUGAGCGCCAGACGACUGGAGCUUUCAUUGGGAAGCUCGUCUCGCAGGGUGUAUUAAUUAACAUUGCUGGUGAGGACUAUUUGGAGCAUCGUGUUCUUGCCAUGCCCGGGUUCUGUUAA